AUGGACACGUGCGCCUGCGCUUUGGAGCUGCUGGGGAUGCUGGUCUACGUUGGAGCAUGGCUGUGCGCUUUAACCACCACUAUCUUACCGCAGUGGCUGACCAUGAGCACUGCGCUGCUGCCUGUGGAGAGCUACGAGCUGGGCCUGUGGGAGACCUGCGUGGUCCAGGACGUUGGAGGGAUGGAGUGUAGGGCUUAUGACAGCCUGCUGGGCCUUUCCACAGACCUCAAGCUGGCCCGCAUCCUCAUGUGUGCUGCCCUCGCUGUUGGCAUGCUGGGAAUUCUCGUGGGAAUACCUGGACUUGACUUGGUCCACAGCUGUAAAGAGGACAGUGGUCAACAAACCAAGAGGAUUUUAAUCAUCACGGGAGGGGUGCUCGGGAUGGUUUCUGGGGUUCUGUGUCUGAUUCCAGUGUCCUAUAUGGCACAUAUAGCAGUGAUGCAUUUCUUUGAUGACAAAGUGCCUGACGUGGUGCCUCGGUGGGAGUUUGGAGACGCUUUGUACUGCGGCUGGGCAGCAGGAUUUCUCCUCAUAGUUGCCGGCCUGAUCUUGAUCACCUCCUCCUCGUGCUCUCAGGUGGAGCCUCAGCCUGUGCUGCAGCGGCGGUACCAGGUGAUGGGCACAGGUGUAAAUUACAGGAAGCGCACAGAGUACGUUUAACAGAUGAUUUACCUGUGUAGAGACUGAAAUCACAACACAAUCACCUGUAGAUCUGCACGUCCGACCGCUUUACAGCAAUGAUGUAAACCACCGAGACAACAUACGAUGGUGACAUUUACACCUUGUUUCAGCCCUUUUACACGA